GGUCCCGAAAAGUUCGCGGAGCUCGUCGCCCACAUCGCGCCCUCGCUCCAAACUCUCCGUCUCGACGGCGCAGGCCCCGGCGCGCCGCCACCUGCGUUUGCCCACCGGCUCCUCUUCGCCGUCCGCUUCGCCGACUUCCCCAUUCGCGCACAACCAGCGGCGCUUGGCGAAACGCAGGUCCUGGAGGACGUCAUGGAGGAGUACGAUGACCUGGGGUAA